GGUAUCAUGGAAGGAAACUGUGUGUCACUCACCAGAAUACUGCGUUCAGCUAAAUUAAGUUUAAUACAGUUUUUCAGUAAAAUGAAGAAGUGGAUGGACAUGUUAAAUCUGCCACAAGAAUUUCGUGAACGUAUAGAAAGACUGGAGAGAAAUUUUGAAGUAUCUACUGUAAUUUUUAAAAAAUUUGAGCCAAUUUUUUUAGAUAUAUUUCAAAAUCCAUAUGAAGAGCUACCAAAAUUACCAAGAAGCAGGAAACAAAGGAGGAUUCCUUGCAGUGUUAAGGAUCUCUUUAAUUUUUGUUGGACACUGUUUGUUUACACUAAGGGUAAUUUUCGUAUGAUUGGGGAUGAUUUAGUAAACUCUUAUCAUUUACUUCUGUGCUGCUUGGAUUUGGUUUUUGCCAAUGCCAUUAUGUGCCCAAACAGACAAGACUUGCUGAAUCCAUCAUUUAAAGGUUUACCAUCUGAUUUCCAUACUGCUGACUUUAGGGCUUCUGAAGAGCCUCCCUGCAUCAUUGCUAUACUGUGUGAACUGCAUGAUGGACUUCUAGUAGAAGCAAAAGGAAUAAAGGAGCACUACUUUAAACCAUAUAUUGCAAAACUUUUUGAUCGGAAGAUUUUAAAAGGAGAAUGCCUCCUUGACCUCUCCAGUUUUACUGAUAAUAGCAAAGCAGUGAAUAAGGAGUAUGAAGAAUAUGUUCUAACUGUUGGUGACUUUGAUGAGAGGAUCUUUUUGGGAGCAGAUGCAGAAGAGGAAAUUGGAACACCCCGAAAAUUCACUGGUGACACCCCAUUAGGAAAACUGACAGCGCAAGCUAAUGUGGAGUGUAACCUUCAACAACACUUUGAAAAAAAAAGAUCAUUUGCACCUUCUACCCCACUGACAGGAAGAGGAUAUUUACGAGAAAAAGAAACAGUCAUUACUCCUGUUGCUUCAGCUACCCAAAGUGUGAGCCGCUUACAGAGUAUUGUUGCUGGACUGAAAAAUGCACCAAGUAAACAACUUACAAAUAUUUUUGAAUCUUGUAUGCGGAAUCCUAUGGAAAACAUUAUGAAAAUAGUGAAAGGAAUUGGAGAGACUUUCUGCCAACACUAUACUCAAUCAACAGAUGAACAGCCGGGAUCUCACAUAGACUUUGCUGUAAACAGAUUAAAAUUGGCAGAAAUUUUGUAUUAUAAAAUCCUAGAGACUAUAAUGGCUCAGGAAGCGCGAAGACUUCAUGGAAUGGAUAUGUCAGUUCUUUUAGAGCAAGAUAUAUUUCAUCGUUCUUUGAUGGCUUGUUGUUUAGAAAUUGUUCUGUUUGCCUAUAGUUCACCACGUACUUUUCCUUGGAUUAUUGAAAUUAUCGACUUGCAGCCAUUUUAUUUUUAUAAGGUUAUUGAGGUGGUGAUUCGCUCAGAGGAGGGACUCUCCAGGGACAUGGUCAAACACCUGAACAGCAUUGAAGAACAGAUUUUAGAGAGUUUAGCAUGGAGUCACAAUUCUGCUCUGUGGGGAGCUCUCUUGGCUUCUGCAAACAAAAUCCCUACCUGUGAAGAAGUUAUAUUUCCAAAUAACUUUGAAACAGGAAAUGGAGGAAAUGUACAGGGUCAUCUUCCCAUGAUGCCAAUGUCUCCUAUAAUCCAUCCAAGAGUCAAGGAAGUUCGGACAGACAGUGGGGGUCUUCGAAGGGAUAUACAACCACUGUCUCCAAUUUCUGUCCAUGAACGCUACAGUUCUCCUGCUGCUGGAAGUGCUAAGAGAAGACUUUUUGGAGAGGAUCCCCCAAAAGAAAUGCUCAUGGACAAGAUUAUAACAGACGGGACAAAACUGAAAAUCGCUCCCUCUUCAAGCAUCACUGUUGAAAAUAUAUCAAUUUCACCUGGGCAAACUCUUCUAACGAUGGCCACAGCCACAGUUGCAGGGACAACAGGACAGAAAGUUACAAUUCCAUUGCACGGUGUUGCAAAUGAUUCUGGAGAGAUCACACUGAUUCCUAUUUCCAUGAAUGCAAGUCAAGAGUCCAAAAUUGAGAGUCCUGUGUCACUCACUGCACAGUCAUUAGCUAGUGCUUCUCCAAAACAAACCUAUUUGACUAAAGCACAAGAAAUUCAUCAGACUGGAAUAAACAAACCAAAGAGAACUGGGUCUUUAGCACUAUUUUACAGAAAGGUCUAUCAUUUGGCGAGUGUGCGCUUACGUGAUUUAUGUUUAAAACUGGAUGUUUCAAAUGAAUUACGAAGGAAGAUUUGGACAUGUUUUGAAUUCACUUUAGUUCACUGCCCUGAUUUAAUGAAAGACAGGCAUUUGGAUCAGCUCCUCCUUUGUGCCUUUUACAUCAUGGCAAAGGUAACAAAAGAAGAAAGAACUUUUCAAGAAAUAAUGAAAAGCUAUAGGAAUCAGCCCCAAGCUAAUAGUCACGUAUAUAGAAGCGUUCUGUUGAAAAGUAUUCCAAGAGAAAUUGUGACAUAUAAUAAUGAUAUAAGUGAUGAUUUUGAAAUGACAGAUGGUGACUUGGAAGAGGCCACAAAAACACCUGACUGUUCUAAUGGACCAGUAAAAGAAGAAAGAGGCGACCUUAUCAAAUUUUACAAUACAAUAUAUGUAGGAAAAGUGAAGUCAUUUGCAUUGAAAUAUGACUUAUCGAAUCAGGACCAUGUGAUGGAUGCUCCACCACUGUCUCCUUUUCCACAUAUUAAACAACAGCCAGGAUCACCGCGCCGCAUUUCCCAGCAGCACUCCAUUUACGUUUCCCCACACAAGAAUGGAUCGGGCCUUACGCCGAGGAGUGCUCUGCUCUACAAGUUCAAUGGCAGCCCUUCUAAGAGUUUGAAAGAUAUCAACAACAUGAUAAGACAAGGUGAUCAGAGAACCAAGAAGCGUGCAAUAACCAUCACUGGAGAUGCAGAAUCACCUGCCAAACGCCUCUGCCAAGAAAAUGAUGAUGUUUUACUUAAACGACUACAGGAUGUUGUCAGUGAAAGAGCAAACCAUUAACAUUAUUCCUGUUUCUGAUAAAAGCACUUUCAGGUUGUUCUGCAGAAAAUUGGGGCUCUGUCGUUUAAACCUGUUUGCUCCAUAGAUGGAAAAUAUCACUGGGUUAUAUGAACAAUUGCACCAGAAUUAAGCGCUUUUUUUUUUUUUUUUGCAUUUGUUCAAAAUAUAGUUAGCAGAUGUAUUUUAAGUGCCUUUAUAAAUACUAAUAGUAAUAGGAUUUUUAAGUGUUUGUUCCUUGGGUUUUUUUAGAUGAAUUAAGGAGAAACAUUUUUAGCUCUCUGUUAAAAAUCUUUCCUUCUGUGCUUUGUAAUAUGAAGGUAAGUAAUCUGAUUUUAGUAAGUAUGCUUGGAGGUAUUUGUACUUUCAAUUUGAUAUUGAAGCUAGGGGUUAGUUCCUGCAGUACAGGGCCAAAGGUGAUGCACCAGUCCAUGCCUGGCCCACUGUGGUAAGUCCACAUCACUAUCAUUUUGGAUCCCUUGUGCUCUUUCUCUUCUUGAGCUUAAGUAGCUUUGUAACUGAGCCCUGCACUGCCCCUGAUUCUUUCUCUCCCUGAGCCUCUUAGCUUGGUGUUACAACCAGUGAAAGAGUACUUCUUUUCUAAUCUACUAUCAUUUUUUUCAUGAUAUUAACUUAAUUAUAUAUGAUUGUUUUAUUAAACCAGGCAGUUCUCAGAAUAGGAAGCUGCUUCUCAAGCCGAUAGAAUAAAAUUCAGAUAACAUUAUUAGAAACUAAAUGUUCUUGUAAUCCCAGCACUCAGGAGGCUGAGGCAAGAGUAUCACAUUGAAUUUAAGACUAGCUUGAACUACAUUGUGAAACCCUGUCUCAAAAAAGAAAGAAACUGCAGCCAGGCGUAGUGGCAUGCGCCCGUUAUCC